GGAAGGAGCGGCGGCGGCGCGGCUGGCCGCAGAGGGGCGAGCUCCGAGCGCUGCGAGCAGGAAUCAUGCGGUAGAGGCGCGGCGGGCUCCCAGCAGCGGCAGCCCCGCAGGCGCUGACAGCCCCGCCGGCCGGCUCGCGCGCUGCCCGCCGGCUGUCAAUGGAGCUGGAAAACAUCGUGGCCAACACGGUCUUGCUGAAAGCCAGGGAAGGGGGCGGAGGAAAGCGCAAGGGGAAAAGCAAGAAGUGGAAGGAGAUCCUGAAGUUCCCUCACAUCAGCCAGUGUGAAGACCUACGACGGAGCGUGGACAGAGACUACUGCAGUUUAUGUGACAAACAGCCCAUCGGGAGGCUGCUUUUCCGGCAGUUCUGUGAGACCAGGCCCGGGCUGGAGGGUUACAUUCAGUUCCUGGAUGCCGUGGCAGAAUAUGAAGUCACCCCGGAUGAAAAGCUGGGAGAGAAAGGCAAGGAGAUUCUGACCAAGCACCUCACCCCCAAGUCCCCAGCUUUCAUUGCCCGAGUUGGCCGAGACCUGGUCUCCCAGACGGAAGAGCAGUUGCUACAGAGACCCUGCAAGGAGCUCUUCGCGGCCUGUGCGCGGUCUGUCCACGACUACCUGAGUGGAGAGCCAUUCCUCGAGUACCUGGACAGCAUGUACUUUGACCGCUUCCUGCAGUGGAAGUGGCUGGAAAGGCAACCCGUGACCAAAACUACUUUCAGGCAGUACCGAGUGCUGGGGAAAGGGGGCUUCGGGGAGGUCUGCGCCUGUCAGGUCCGAGCCACAGGUAAAAUGUACGCGUGCAAGCGCUUGGAGAAGAAGAGGGUCAAGAAGAGGAAGGGGGAGUCCAUGGCGCUCAACGAGAAGCAGAUCCUGGAGAAGGUCAACAGCCGGUUUGUGGUCAACCUGGCCUACGCCUACGAGACCAAGGAUGCGCUGUGCUUGGUCCUGACCAUCAUGAAUGGGGGAGACCUCAAGUUCCACAUCUAUAACAUGGGGAACCCUGGCUUCGAGGAGGAGCGUGCCCUGUUCUAUGCGGCAGAGAUCCUUUGCGGCCUGGAAGACCUCCACCGCGAGAACACUGUGUACAGAGAUCUGAAGCCUGAGAACAUCCUGUUGGACGAUUAUGGCCACAUCCGGAUCUCAGACCUCGGCCUGGCUGUGAAAAUCCCCGAGGGAGACCUGAUCCGCGGCCGAGUCGGCACCGUUGGCUACAUGGCUCCUGAGGUCCUGAACAACCAGAGGUACGGCCUGAGUCCCGACUACUGGGGCCUGGGAUGCCUCAUCUACGAGAUGAUUGAGGGCCAGUCACCCUUCCGUGGCCGCAAGGAGAAGGUGAAGCGGGAGGAAGUGGACCGCCGGGUCCUGGACACCGAGGAGGUCUACUCCCCCAAGUUCUCAGAGGAGGCCAAGUCCAUCUGCAAGAUGCUGCUGACUAAGGAUGCCAAGCAGAGGCUGGGCUGCCAGGAGGGGGGCGCCGCCGAGGUCAAGAGGCACCCAUUCUUCAGGAACAUGAACUUCAAGCGCUUGGAAGCCGGCAUGCUGGACCCUCCCUUUGUUCCAGAUCCCCGGGCCGUGUACUGCAAGGACGUGCUGGACAUCGAGCAGUUCUCUACUGUGAAAGGCGUCAACCUGGACCACACGGACGAUGACUUCUACUCCAAGUUCUCCACCGGCUCCGUAUCCAUCCCCUGGCAAAACGAGAUGAUCGAGACAGAGUGCUUCAAGGAGCUGAACGUGUUUGGACCACAUGGUACCCCCUCGCCAGACCUGAACCGGAGCCACCCGCCUGAGCCACCCAAGAAGGGGCUGCUACACAGGAUCUUCAGGCGUCAGCAGCAUCAGAACAAUUCCAAGAGUCCACCCAAUUCCAAGGCCAGUUUCAACCACCACAUCAGUUCAAAUCACGUCAGCUCCAACUCCACGGGAAGCAGCUAGUUUUCGCCCGGGCCAUGGUGCCCACCAGCGCCAGCCUGAGCCCCCUGGGAAGCAGAAGAACUUGUGUCCCUGUGGGGCUGCGCCCACCCUCAGUACCAGAAGGACACCGCCCACGCCCUGGGCACCGGACCACGAGGUCCCUCCAGGAGUCCCGCACUCAGGUCUGUUCUCCGCGGCAGCCCCCGCAGCGCCUGGUCAGGGCGAUGGGCUCACCCCGCUGGACUGAGCGGCAGAACCCAGCUGGACCCAAUGACUUGCACACGUUUUCACGGCAUCCCGACUAGGACUGAAUUUUGUCUCUAUUAUUUUUCAAGACAAGUUUUGUAAAUUUCUCUACUGUCUCAGUUUACAUUUUGUAUAUUUGUAUUUAAAUGAGAGUCGGACUCCGAGGGUGUAUAUUUUCCGUGCAGCCACGUAAAGCCAUGUGUUUUAAAGACGUUAGGGGUGGGGGCAGGGGAUUUACCCAGACAACACCAACACCAACAGCCAAAUCGGCUCCAGAUGUCUGGAGCCUCAAGUGAGUCAGCGUUUUUAUUAAAUGUAGACGGCCAUCCAUGUACUCCUCUGCCUGUAUCCACCUUCGCAGCCCCUCUGCUUCGUCAUGGCUCUGUCCAUCACUGACACACCUGGGACCCUCUGCCCUCUCCCCUCUCUCAGGCCACCAUCAGAAGACCAUCCUUGGGGGCCGAGCCCUUCUGGAGGGGCACACGGUCAGCCCCUUGCUUGGCCUCUGCCUGUCCUCAGUGGGGAAGCCGGCUGGUGCCCCAAGGCACUGCCUUCAGCCCUCUGCCUCUUCUGCACAGGUCCCUGCCACUGGAGCCAGGCCGCCUUGCAUUCAGGGCUUUCUGUUGCAUUUCCUAAGGGAGGCACAGAGACGAUGAAGAUUGCUUGUGGGACUCCGGGUGUCUCGCUCCCAGGAAAUGCAAGGCCAUGUGUAGUGCUGAGCAUGCCCGCCCACAGAGGAGGGCCCCAGCCAGUGUCCUGGUGGCCUGAGUCCUUCACAGGCUCUGCCCUGACUGGCCACUUGUGUACCCCAGCUGAGGUAAAGGGGGUACCUGGGGCAGACCCUACCGCCAGCCACACACAUUAUUACUGUCACUGCCCAGGAGACAGACGCUCCGGCCCGAGUGCCCCCCACACCCCACAGGACUUGGUGGCCUGCCCAACCAGGGGUUCACCCCUGAUGCUUCCAAGAGGUGACAAAGAACAUCCCUGCCAGGCCAAGCCCCUGGUGUCCAACUCUGCCCCAGGACCAAGCUCAGCUACCCAUCAGCUGCCAGAUUUCUCGUCAUGUGGGGCCUGUGCUGUUGAAAUGAAGAUUCCCAGGCUUGCCCCAUCCUUCAGAUUGGGAGCCUCUGGGGGUGAGGCCCAGUAAUCUGUAUCUUUCCAAUAUCCCUGAGGCAUGAGAAAUCCUGCCUUUGGCCAGGCUUUGCUGCCACCAUCCCCAAGCAUAGUCUCAGGACCCAGCAGCUCAAGCUUCCAGGGGAGGGUUGUGAAGCCGGCUACCACAGGCCACACCCCUGCACCUGCAGCGUGAUGUCCUUCAGGGCCAGCCAACAUCCUCAGGGCCUUCAGGUCACGGGGCCCCACCCCCGCCUCUCUCGGGCUGCAAACCAAGCAAAUGCCAACUGCCAUGCUCAAGUCUUACCAAGGAAGUGGUGGGGGGAGGGGUGUGUGUCUUGAAACAAUAUUGAAAGACCGUCCAAUGACACCCUCCCCCGUACACACUCACAAACCCGCCUCCCACUCAAAACCCUGCCCCUCUGUCCAGUCCACAGUGACUCCACCCUCUCCAGUGGGCUGGGGCUCUGUGCCCCCAGGCCAGGCACUGACCACUGGCCACCAAGAGUCCCAGCACAGCAAGGGCCAAAACAGCCCAGCUGCUGCGCCCUG